CCAAAAACGCUUUCCAGUCCGCCACGGGAUCGCCCGGAUUCAAUGCAGAGACAGCGGACGCAUCCCUAUCAAACUAUUUAACGGUAUCAGCGGGGGAAUCUUAUGAACACCACUGGUAUAAGCACUAUCGGUUCAUAAAGAGGAAAAUUCACUUUGGAUCAGUAACACAUUUAUCCACAUUUCCACAGAACUGACAAUGACAGAUCGAGCAAAUAAUUUCCCCCCUCUGCCUAAGUUUUUUCACAUAAAACCAUGUUUUUACCAGAACGUGGAUGAGGAAAUCCCACCACCCUAUCAGCAGCUAGUGCGGCGUAUAUACAAUCUUUGGAUGUUGUACUCGAUCACACUGUGUGUUAAUGUGGUUUCCUGUAUAGCCUGGUGGGCCGGAGGAGGUAAUGCGGAAAACUUUGGCCUGGCUCUCCUCUGGCUUGUAAUUUUCAGCCCAUGUAGUUACACCUGUUGGUUCAGGCCACUAUAUAAAGCUUUUCGGGCUGACAGUUCCUUCAACUUCAUGGCGUUCUUCUUCAUUUUCUUCAUGCAAUGUGUUCUCGCUUUCAUCCAAUGUCUUGGAAUAUCAGGUUGGGGAGCAUGUGGUUGGAUUGCCACAGUGAUUUUUUUCGGCACAAACAUCGCCUCCGCUAUAUUCAUGCUCCUCUCCGCUCUGCUCUUUACUGUGGACACUGUUUUAAUGGCGUUUGUUCUCAUCAAGGUUCAUCGGCUAUAUCGUGGAGGAGGGGGCAGUUUCCAGCGAGCGCAGGAAGAAUGGAGCACUGGCGUUUGGAAAAACCCCUCUGUGAGACAAGCCGGAUUCAAUGCUGUGUCCGAAACUGGCCCCAGUCUCCCACAGUAUCCUGCAGCUGUGCCCAAUUACCCAGAGAGCGGCCCAUGGUGAAACACUUUUGUACUGUAGAUGGAGCCAGAGUGCCAUAUGUUGUCUUAAUGCUAAAGGUUGCAGAGGGACUUCAAUAUUUUGAAUUACUGCGUUAUGUGUUUGCCCGAGGAUGUAAAACACAAUGGGCAGAUCACUG